AUGGCGAAGCGACGCCGACCUACGACGAAGAAAAACAAUAAAUCUUUAACGCAUCUGACAGCUGUGACUCAUGAGUUUAUUCUAUAUCGACCACAGCAAUGGAAAGCAUAUUAUUGGAGCAUUUCUCAAAAACUACGAAGACUUUCAUUUGUCAUAAAUGUGCACCUUCGCGACGAUAGUCGUUUAUAUGUAACGACGCGCAGCCGAGAUGAUCUAACACGUGUUCAACAUUUCUUGCACGAAAAUGUCAUCACUUUCAUGAAAAAAUAUCUUCAGUCUAAGAAAAAGAUCGGACAUAAAAAGUCUUAUCAAUGUUGUAUAAAAUCUGUUAAGAUAUCAAAGCCGAUAUGGAAGUACAUACAGCAAGAAAGAAAAUAUCGUCGUCGUCAUCCCGCAUGGACACCAUUAGUUCUACGAGGAAAACGAUCACGAGUUGAAUACGAACAAAGAAAAAAUUAUGAACAACAAAAGACCAAAACACGAAAGGAAAAUACGCACAAAGCUCGAUGGAAAAUAGAGCCUAAUCGAUACGAACGAAAAUUGCGAGGCCGCUACAAAUGUAUGACUACAUACUCGUACAAUGCGUAUACCAAAUUGAACAAGAUAUUAUCCAUUGAAGGCAGAACAAAUACUACAAAAAAGCAAAUACGGUCUCCAUUCGUAUCUCUUGAUUUUCAUAAGAAAGUUGAUCUUUUACUUCCACGUUCAGCUACUACUAAGAAGAUAGUAUAUCGUUAUUAUAAUCAACAUAUUUUCGUCUAUUCUAUGCCGAUUCAUUGCUCCGGUCGGCCGUCAAGAAAAUAUUUAAUAAAGACAGUUUCAACCGUCGAUGAUAGUCAACAAACACACUUGGAGGUUUCUAGAUCAGUACCGGCUCCUCCGUUGAAAAGAGUUCGAUUUACCAAAGUAUGGCCCAAAAGAGCUUCUUAUAAAACUAAAUCUGGAUCGAUCGUUGGUUGCGAUUUUGCCGGUGAAGUCGUCGAAGUUGGCAGCGAAGCUGUUGGGAAUUACAAAAAAGGUGAACGUGUAGCCGGUUGUGUACAUGGUGGUCAGGAUGCUAAAUUAAAUGUUCGUGGUGCUUAUUCAGAAUAUGUUGUUCAAGAAGCUUCACUAGUCUUUCGUUAUCCAUCGGAUAUGUCGCCUGAAGCCGCCUCAACUAUUCCAUUAGCUUCAAUUACUGCUGCUCUUUGCUUGUUUCAUGAAAUGAAUUUACCAUUUCCACCUGCAACUGCUCAAGUACCUGUUCUCAUUUGGGCUGGUAGCACCAGUGUUGGUCAAUACGCGAUUCAAUUGGCUAAAGCAGCUGGCUGCUACGUGAUCACAACAGCAUCGGCUGCUCGUCAUGAUUAUUUGAAAGAAUUAGGUGCCGAUGUUUGUUUCGAUUAUAAAGACAAAAAUGCUGUAGCACAAAUAAAACAAGCUGCAAAAGACAAUCUUUCGUAUGCAUUAGAUUGUAUAUCCGAAAAAGAAACUAUCAAACAAGUAUGUGCUGCUUUAACCGGUUCAAACGCUCAGGUCGCAACAGUUUUACCUGGUUUAUCCAACGAAAUACCAUCGAAUAUCAAGGAACGAUCCGUGAUGAUGUACACCAUAUUUGGAAGACAUCUGCAUAUAUUUGGUUUAGAAUACGAAGUACGACCACAAGACAAAGAAUUUGCCGAGAAGUUCUACAAAGCUUUAACUGACGUUCUAUUACCUCAAGGUUUACUCAAACCAAAUAAAGUCACAAAGAUUCCCGGUGGAUUAAAUGGAGUCGAACAAGGAUUUCGACAAAUGAUGGAAAAUAAAGUAGCAGCAGAAAAACUAUUUUAUCAUUUUAUCCAUGAAUAA